UAGUGCAAAAGGCCAAUUUUGUGGCAAUUUUGCGCGGCUUUGCAGCUCAUAUAGGAUUCAGUUAGACACCUGGAGGAUUUUUGACUAUCUGAAGUGUUGCAGAAAGGGCGACGUCAUUAAAUAUUAAGGCAGGGGAGAUCCUAUCAUUUGCAAGCCUCCUCCUUAUCAAUGCAAAUACCUCUUUUGUGUGCAGCACAGCCUGUCUGGGAGCUGAGAUGCAUUUUUAAUUAUGUGUGACUGAAACAAACUGUGACAAGGACCUUGUAUAAAAGCGAGGGAUUACAGAGAAUAAGCUGCAUUUCCGCGGAUGUCAGGAAGACAGUGACUGGGAGGUGCAGAGAGCCAUGAACUCCCAGGACCCCCCCGCCAAAGAUGCCCCCCUCACUGUCAAUGAGCAGCCAUUCACUGUCUGACUGCAGACGUCUUUAUUCAGCCAUUUAAAUCCUCCUGCACUUUGACAUUCCCUGCCAAACACCUCCAGGUGAUAGUGAUGUCGGGCAAUGAGACGAUCCGGGUUCUGGAGGUGGAGGUGGAGGUGGACGCGUCUCUGCCCUCCUCUCUUUCUGAGGAGACGAGUGAGGUGAAAUUUGAGGCCGGCGGCACGCAGGAGGGGCCCCAAAACCCUGGGGGAGUCGGUCUGGUUUCUGUGGAGGUUUCUGCUCCUGCCGUCCAGACGAUGCCUCCUGCUGUCAGUCUGUCUCUGUCUCAUCCUCAGGCCAACAUGCCCAUCACCAUGCAGAGCUGCCCUCAGGUGCUGACCCAGGAGAGUCUGGCCUCCCUGUUGACGGGGAUGAUGGCUCAGACGGGGUCUCUGGGCCAGCCCAUGCUGAUCCCCCUCAGCAUGGCCGGAUCCAUCGGGGGGGGCGGUCUCGCUGUCCUCACGCUACCCUCCUCUAACGUAGCCUCUCUCCCCGGAUUCACUACAGCGAACACGGCCGGGAACCUCCUCAAACUGCCCUUCGCUGGCCUCCAGGCAGCGACGGUCCUGAACUCUCUGCAGCCCCAGCUCCAGACCAGCGCUCAGACGAUGUUCCAGCCUCAGGUCCAGGUGACGUCUCCCUCACCUGUCCCUCAGGUGUCUGCAGCUCAGACCUCCUCCUCCUCCCAGUCCAACAUCUCCCUCGCAGCGCUGCAGAACGCAGGACUCUCCAUCAACCCCGCCAUCAUCAGCGCUGCCUCUCUGGGAGCUCAGCCUCAGUUCCUCAGCUCCCUCACCUCCACCCCCAUCAUCACCAGCAACAUGUCCAACAUGGCGGGCAUCACCAGCCAGCUGAUCACCAACGCUCAGGGACAGGUCAUAGGAACCCUGCCGCUGUUUUUGAACCCAGCUUCUCUGGGUGGAGGGGCUGCACAAACGCUCCAGAGUCUUCAAGGUCUUCAAGGUCUUCAAGGUCUUCAAGGUCUUCAAGGUCUUCAAGGUCUUCAAUGUCUUCAAGGUCUUCAAGGUCUUCAAGGUAUCCAAGGACUCCAGGGUCUCCAGGGUUUCCAGGGUCUCCAGGGUCUCCAGGGUCUUCAGGGUCUCCAGGGUCUCCAGGUCCAGACCGUGACCCCCCAGCUGGUUCUGAACUCUCAGGGUCAGAUCAUCGCCACGCUGGGAAACGGAUGUGCUGUGACGUCGGCUGCAGUUCUGCCCAAAGUCGCUGCUACUCCAACAUUCACCAAACCCAUCUCACAGGCUUCAGUAACGACCGUCAGUCAGUCCCCGAUCGUCAUCGCCCCGCAGCCGUCCCUCAUGAAGCCCCCGCUGCCCCCCGCGGUGAACAUCAGCUGUGGAGACAUGGCUAAAGUGGGCCAGCUCAUCGGCAAGCCGCAACAGGUCAUCAGCGGCGAGGAGGGGAUAAAUCUGGACGAGAUCCGAGAGUUCGCCAAAAACUUCAAGAUCCGCCGGCUGUCUCUCGGUCUCACGCAGACGCAAGUAGGCCAGGCGCUCACCGCCACCGAGGGCCCGGCGUACAGCCAGUCCGCCAUCUGCAGGUUUGAAAAGCUGGACAUCACCCCUAAGAGCGCCCAGAAGCUGAAGCCGGUUCUGGAGAAGUGGCUGGCCGAGGCGGAGCACUGGAACCAGAAGGGACAGCAGAACCUCAUGGAGUUCGUCGGCGGAGAACCGUCCAAAAAACGAAAGCGACGCACGAGCUUCACGCCGCAGGCCAUCGAAGUCCUGAACUCAUACUUUGACAAGAACGCGCUGCCGACGGGACAAGAGAUCACGGAAAUGGCUCGAGAGCUGAACUACGAUCGAGAGGUGGUGAGAGUUUGGUUCUGCAACAGGAGACAAACGCUGAAGAACACGAGCAAAAUCAACGUCUUCCAGGUCCAGUAGCAACGUCCUUCUGGAGAUAUUUCACACAGAAACGCAGGGAAGGACUGUGAGGAGAAUACAAGCCAAGUGGAAACAUAUGAACUUUGGUAACACUUUAUUUUAAGGUACACAUAUUCGCCAUCAUCUAGUUCAGGGGUGCCCAACCUUUUUUGAACCAAGAGCUACUUUUAAAGUUGCCAGUCUGCCGAGACCUACCAGUCC